UAGAAUUCUUUCCAGAGGCCUGAGAAUCAUGGUUAUCUGGUCCUGUCUGUGUCCUUGUGACUGUCUGUCCCAAACCAGGGUAGGGGAAGGUGCCCCUUACAGAACCCUUGAGAGGAGGUAAGAAGGUGUUAGACAACCAUGCAAACCAGCACAGAGUGUGUGCAGUGGGGAACAAUCCCCACCCAAACCAUCAGGGGAAUGAGAGGAGCGGGGAAGGGGCCAAACCGAAAGAUGUGCUGGAAAGUGGCCAGAUGUUUGCACCCUCAUCACAGCAUCUCUGACCUACCCCCCCACCCCUGCAGCUAGGCAAUGCAUUGGGCUAAAUGAUGACAGCCACAGAUUGCUGUAUGUUAAAAAUUUCAGGCUAAAGUCUGUCAACCUCCUCGACUUUGUUGGGGCUUAGGCUUCACCUGAGAGCAGAAUUUGGGCUUUUGUUUUAAUAGCCAACAUUCCAUAUGAAAACCGAAAUUCUCUUGAGCUGCCAGAAAGAACCAAGGACUUCCUCAGUAGUAGACUGCAAAGAGGGACUGGCCUCCCUGCUCUGUAUGGAACGGAAAGUGGGAUUAGGGAGGUAAGACCUUCUUGCCCCUACCUGCUUGACAGAGAGGCACACCCAGGUAUAGCAUCAAAAGAGUGUACUUUCACUUGGCAUCCCUUCUUUUUCCUUGCUUAGUCCUUGUUCUGUCUCAAGCCAUUACAAUCCCUAAGGCUCAGAAAUCGAUGGAGCGAUGCUGAUUGACACCCACUGAAGGAUCUGGCCCUUGUGUGCUGUAGGAAGGGGAUAUCUUUUUGAAAGCAUCUCUGGGUAAUUUAAUGGAGUUCACCCAGUAGGGCAGAACAUUUCUUGUGGGAAGGAGGAAUUUUCCAUCUCCCUGUCUCUCUUCUCUUUCUCCUCACUGUCUCCUCCAUCUCUCUUUUCUCCACCUAAUUUCUCUACCUUAUUGCUUUCCUGACAACUGAAUAAGCUCCCCAUGCUAACCACUAAGGCCAUGUACCAUGAUGCUGGACAAAAGAGAACUGACAGACAUUUGAAAUAGUGGCCAAACACAGGGCCAGCUUCACCCAGUGUAAAUCCUAAGUGACUCCAGUGAAACCAACGGAAUUAUUCCAGACUCCCACCAGUGUGAUUGUAAUCAGAGUCUGGCCCCCAAGUGUUUCAGAUCAUUCGUGUUCGGGGAAUGUUACAAAGUCUGCUCCUAGCUCCUACUGGGUAACCCCACCAAAGUUAACAACAGUCGAGGGUGCUCAGCACUUUACAAGGGAAGACCCUAGCUAAGCUUGGCCCAAGUCUAAGCUAGACUUGGCCACAGGGGCCAAGAUGAGACCAUGUGUCGACCCAAGAGCCAUGCUGGAUUUCUGUCUAUUCAUGAUCCAGGCCAUCCCAGGGUACUAGGAGCCAAAGACGCCUUUGCAUGUAUCAUUAAGCAGAGAGAUGGUACAACCAACUAAAUCAAAUUGAACCUAGUGUUCCUGGUCUCCCAUCAAAAGAAGAGGGAAAGGUUAAACUUUCAGCUGAAGUCUUCCAAAAUGCAGCAACUAGUUCCUUGCCCACAGAGAGACAGCGGCAGUGCCAGUUUCAGCCAGUACUAGAGUCUAGCAGGAAUACAUGUGAAGUGGUGAGAAGUGACAAGAGGGGAACGAUGAGAAGAUUUUCACAACCAAGCAAUCUGCUGUAGGACAGGAGGAAUCAGACAAGAAUCGCGAACAGAUAUCCUGGGUCCCUGUGAGGAGUUUCAUCUGGUUCCCUUCCAACUGAACCAAACCAAAGGCCGCCUGGGGGAAGUGCAGAGAGCUGGAGCCCCCGAGGGACAGACACAGCUUGACAGACUGUAUCUCCCUCGGACACAGGUCCCAGGGCUCUGUGAAUUCACACUUGGGCAGCAUUCGUCUAAGUUUCCGGGCAAUAAAGGAUUUUUGAAUCUGACUUGGACAUGGCGCGGGGAAGCUUAGACAGACACCAGGACACUGCCUGCCUUCUUCCCCAGUGCUUCGACCCCUUGAUCAAGGGAUGUGUGAGGUGCACAGACCUGCCUGGACACUCCGAGGAGGACACAAUUCCCUCCACAGCAUGUCACACCAGCGUAGCCCCCACUUCAACCCAAGCACCAGCGCCGGGCCCAGGUUUGAUAUUUGGGAUCCCUGCUUUAGUGGGGCUAGUUCUGGUCCUGGCUGCACUCUGUGGAUUGCUGACCUGCAAAGUGAGGAGGAGGCGGCAGAGGAAGAAGAGGAGCCCUGAUGAAAAGCCCAAGGAAAACCUGGACUGUGUCAUUUCCUGUGAAAGCCAGGCCUGUAAGGGACCGAAACUGCCAGAAGAUGAUCUCGUACUGGCCACAUGCCCACAUGUGAAUGGCGCCCUGAAGCAUGCUGGGCCAGCAGGAAGAGGAGAUUUCUCAAAGAGGAAGCCAGUUUUCCAAGGUGGGACAGGAAGUGAUGUCAUUGAGCUCUCUGGUCUCUCUGCCAGCAACGAAGAACGUGACCAUGGCUUUCCACUGCCAGCAACAGAGCUGGGGGCCACUGUCCUGGUGACCACAAAGACCAUUCAGAAUAACUGCCUCACUGAGGAGAGACCAUGACUGCAGGCAAAAUAGGGCUGGCUCUAGCCGGUUGCCCACUGAAAGUGACAAAAAUCCCUUCAUUUGGGUGGAGACUUUUACCUUAAAUGAGGUCAGCCUCCUAUGCCUUUUGCCUUUUAUAUUUCCCCUUUCAAACAUGGUGGUUAAAGCCAGGAAGUCCCAGUUACUCCCCUAACCAGUGGAGGAUACCUGAGUCAAUUGUAUUGUCCCUGGUCCGUGAGCUCUGUAGCUGGAGAAGCUAGAUGAGAGAUGGCACGUGAGGAAAAGUGAUUGUUCAGAGCCAACAUACCAACUGCAUGAUUGCUGCACCGCCAGGCACUGGCGAACUAGCGUCCAUAUUUUAAGGGGAUGGGGUGUGUUGUGUGGGUGCGGAGAGGGAGUCCUAGGGAGAGUGGGAAGGGUAAAAAGGAAGAAUAGAGUGAAAGUUUAAAUGGAGGGUGGGGUUUCUGUAGGCCCUGAUCCUGCACAACUGAAAUCAAUGGGGGUUUUGCCAUUGGCGUCAAUGGGAGCGGGGUUGGGUCCUUAGCGCUGGUACAAUGCUAUGUUCUGUGGGGCCCUGUGCAAAAUAACAUAGGCCGGGCCCCAUCCAGCUUCCAUUCAACUUACAAUCAAGUCCUCCAAGCAUCAGAGGGCCCAUAACAUACACACACAGACACCUCCUUCCUGUGACCACUUCACACUGUGGCAAUCCCCCUGCCAAGGCUCUGCAGCUCUGCGAAUCCCCUUGCAGAGUCUGGGAAGCUAGGAGGUGGAGUUGAAAUGCAUCUUCCCAAGCAGAGAAUGAGGGAAGGAAAUCUCUGCAAUGACCAACUGGACCUGGAAUCAGCCAGGACCAUGGACAGAGAAUUGGGGCUAUCACUGUGGCAGGCCCUUUGGAUAUGUGUGCACGUCCUAUUGGCCACCACGGCUUUAGUUCAUGUUUCUUCAGGAAAUACUAUAUGUAUCAUGACAACAGGAAUUAUAAUAAUAGAUAUUUUUAGCAUGAUGGGAGGGUGAGGGGAAUAUUUAGCUAUAACUGAUAUUUCUGUAAGGAUUUGUCUACAUGGGGAAAUUGACCAGCAUAGCUAUUCCGAAUAACUCCUUAUGUGGACACUCUGUUCUGAAAUAAAAGUGACUUUAAUCCAGAAUAGUUGCUAGAGAGAAUUGAAGAAGCUGUUACAGGGAACAAAAGCCUGAAUUCCUUGCUGCAACUGGUGUCUCAGACUUUCUCACAGCAAUCCUGACAGGGUAAGAGAGUAAAGCGCUUUAACUAAAAUACAUCACCACCUGGCUGGUGGUGUAAAGGUUAGUGCUUAACAUGGCUAUGCAGGUGACCUGGAUUCAAGUCCCAGUCUCUCAUUCCCUUCUGGCUGGGAGUGCUGCAGAAACUGGGCUAAGUGCUCAGCAGCUUCUUCAUGGGAAGCCCACAUUCGAUUGCCUGUCUAUGGUGGUGCGUAGGGUAGGUGUAGCUACAGGCCACAGUGCAAGGCAGGCUGCAGCCACAAUAGUCACUGUGGUGUGUAGAUACAAACCACAGUGAAAGGCUCUGGCAGUGGAUUGCUGCCGGAGCCUUUCCUCACUGCCAGAGCUUUGCACUAUGGCAGUGGAAGGCUCUGGCAGUGAAUAGGAAAUGGGACACUACACAGCAGCAUAGGCGUGAGAGGCACUGCUUGGGCAUGUGAGGGGAUGUGUAGGGUACAUUCCCUUGUGUUCAGAUGUGUGGGGCGCUGCACUCUACUCGCCUGAGCCGUGCCUCACUGUCAACACUGCUGCUUAAACCCGUACUAGCAGGGUAUACAGUGUCUCUACAGGCCGCCCUAAAUGUAGACAUACCUUCAGCAUCUCACUGUCUCAGUCUGGAAAGGCUGUAGAAGCAUUGGCACCCAGGCAAUCCUCAUGUCACGUAACUGUGGUUACUGUAGCCCUUGCAGGGGCGGUAGUGACUACCUCUGAAGGGAAGACCCCCUCAUCAUGAAACAGGGGUGCUUAACUUUGUGUCCCAAGACCUCCAGUUGCUGCCAUUCAAAACAGCUCCUCCUCAGAUGCUAUCCCAAAGUCCUUUGCACCACUUUCUAUAAUGUUGAUGUUAACCAAAUGAUUUAUGGGGCAUUCCUCGCAUUUGGUCCUGAGUGACAGAGCAAAUCUGCUUCAUUGGAAAACUGGACAGAGAAAGGAGGCAGGAUUGCAAACGUAUCUUCUCCCUCCCAUUUCCUCUCUGCCUGUGACUGCCAGGUUGAGAAUCGCUUAUGUAGACACGGGACCAUCUCUAAAAGGAAAGAAGUUAAAAAAAAUCCUAAGAUGUGGAGGUGGAAAAGGCCUAGUCAUAGAUUCCAAGAGCAGAAGGGACCUUUGUGAUCAUCUAGUCUGACUUCCUGUAUAACACAGGCCAUAGAACUUCCCCAAAAUAAUUCCUACAGCAG